CAACAGCCAUCUUGGGAAAGCCGUGGUUCUGGAUGAAAACAUUCAAUCAUACACUAUUUUUUACAUAGUAAGUCAAACUAUUCAACACUCCAGUGAUAAAAAAAAAGCUGCAAUAUGAGUCGACUGUACGAUACAGUGGAACCUGCAGUGAUAGAUGAGGAGAUGCUGCUGAAAGCAGUGGAGGAACAGGGGCCCAAGGAAGAGGCUGGAAGAAUUGCUAAACAAGAAGGAAUUGAUUUCUGUGAUGUUGUACAACUUAGAUUAGAUUUCAAAAAUAUCUUGAAGAUUGAUAAUUUGUGGCAAUUCACGCGCCUCACCAAACUACAACUUGAUAAUAACAUCAUCGAAAAAAUAGAAGGACUUGACCAGUUGGUUAAUUUAAUUUGGUUAGAUCUUUCAUUCAACAACAUAGAAAUUAUUGAAGGUUUUGAUAAGUUGACAAAGCUUGAAGACUUAACACUUUACAACAAUAGAAUUUCAGUUAUUGAAAAUAUGGAUGCUCUCACAAAGCUACAUGUGCUUUCAGUUGGCAACAACAAUAUUGAACAGUUAGAAAAUGUGAAGUAUCUAAGACGGUUUAAGAAUUUACAGACACUUAAUUUGAGUGGUAAUGAAUUCUGUGAUGAUGGCAAUUACAAAGCAUACAUAGUAGCACAUAUUCCAAGUCUUGUCUACUUAGAUUUUAGACUGAUUGAUGAAAGUACAAGAGUGGCAGCCAAUGAACAGUACAAAUAUUCAAUUGAAGAACUUGAAGCUGAUGAAAAUGCAGAAGAAAGAAAAAGAGUCAGUGAGAAAGAGAAACAAGACUUGUUUGAACUACACAAGAGUGCCUAUGUAGAGAAUCUGAAUGGUCCAUUUCUAUUUGAUAGUAUGUUCUUUGAUGACACAGAAGGACCGAAGCUGGCGUCAUUGCCCGGAGUAGAAGAACUACUUAUAACUUUCAAAGAGAAGUUCACAGAAAUCUGCCAACAACUGUUUGAGUUUGGUCUUCAGGAACAUGCCAAAAGGAAGAAAGAAGUCAGUGAGUUCUUUGAGUGUAUAGAGGAUGCCAAGAAAGAAAACAAAGACAUUGCUGCUGAGAAAAUUGAUGGCUUUCUGGCUUACAAGAAAAAGUUAUUCAGUGAAAUACAACACAUGAGUGACCAGAAGGUGUUAGAUAGUCGAAUUGAAGAAUAUCAUAAAGAAGUGAAUGUGAUAUGGGACCAACUAAUGGGGUAUGAAUUACAGUUGGUUGAUCAACUUGAGGAAACCAUCAAGGAGUUUGAUCGUAAUAUGGCAGAUAUGGUGUCUUUGUUUGUGGAGAAUGUCCAAGCACAAAUUUCUCAAUGCCGUGAACUGGAGAACCAACACCAUGAGAAAUUACUUGAAAUUGCUGUCAUCACACUGGAGAAGUUUGUCAAGAAUGAACUGGAUGAUGAUGUUCCAGACGAGACUAAACUGCUACUUGUUGACAAAGACACAAUACAGAAUGCUGUCAGUGCAUCUCACGAUUUGCAUCUACUGAAGAUAGACAACCGAGAGGACGAGAUUAUCACAAGAGCCAACAACUGGAUGGCGGCUCUAAUGGAGCAAAUCCAUCAAGAUGAAGAGAUUAAGAGGAACCGCGACAGAAUUUGUGAAAUUAAUAAUCUCAUUGAUCAUCUCAAUGAUGAGCUUGAUAAUCUGGAUCUUCAUGGUGGACUUUGAAAUGUCUAUUGCAAAACAAGAUGGCCACAGAAAAAUAAUGGAUCUGUAUUAAUUUUGUGGUGUUUGAAGCCUAUUGACAUAUUUACCAAUAUAAAGGAAGAACAUUUUUUAAUUGAGCCAGUUAGCAGGUUUUGGAAUUGUUUGUUUUUUAGGUAUAUACAUAUGUAUUUGUAUAUAUGCUACAGAGCCAAACUAUGGUAGAUUCAAUUUAUUUUGUUGUCAUAUGACAAAAUAAAUAAAUUUUAAUGUCAGUUUAAUACAGCUCUAUAAACCAGAGACAAUUGAGUUUCAAGGUUUUUUAUGAAAUCAGUAGGUUUUUGUAAUUUUUGUCAUGCAUGCAUGUCUGGAUGUAACAGACAUGUUAUUGACAGAAUGACCUGCCUGCAAUGUCUUGACCCAGUUUGCCCCAAAUUAUUGAUCAUUCUAGUGUUUGGCUAAGAAAUCAUAUAUGUAAAUACCGGUAUUAUCAGGCGAGCAGUGUUUAAGAUUUGUAAAACAUGUUACUUGAUCUGCUAGAAGUGCUUCUCUAUUAAAAGUGUACAGUCUAUGCAAACUACAAAGCUAGUGAUCAUUUUGAUGCUUUGAAUAGAGCCAAUACAACCGUCCAACCGUCGCUGAACUAAAACUUGGUACAUGUUCGUGAAUAUAUUUCGCCCAGAUACUUAUAUUGUAAAUAUUUUAAUUUCUGAAUUUUGUGAGAAACAAAUAAGAUAUUUAUAAUCUUUCUAAAUCACCUGUAAAUACUGAAUAUGCAUUUUAGUGAUGUUUGUAACCCACAUGUACAGCACUUAGACUUACAUGUAUUAUAGUAAUGCUUGUCUGAUGAUUCCAAUAUUUUCCAGCAAAAUAAAAUUUACU